AUGAUGAACAUUCAGCAAUAUCAAAAUUACUUCCCUUAUGUUAAUGAAGCAUAAGUACAAUUCUAAGGUGAGAUUGAAUAAGCAAGUAAGAUUUUAAUAUAAUAUUUUCAGAAUAAAACUAAGGUUCAAAUUAUAAUGAGUUUAACUUAUUUCAAUAGAAUUUUUAUGCAUCUACAUUUCCUCCUUAUUAAUUUGAAUUUGUAUAAGAACACGAGAUUCCAAGUCAAAUCAAAAAUAAAAAAAAUAAAAAACAUAAGUAAUUAAAUUUAAUCUCAUUGAAAAAGGAAUAACGAUUAAAAGGGCCUUCUUCCAAAAACAUUAGAAUCAGAUAAAUAAUUUAUUGAGGAUUAACAAUAAAUAAUUAUUCCACAAGAUUAAAUGUACAAUAUUUCCAUCAUACUUUAGUAUUAAACAACCAUAUCCAGUAUUUCAUUACACUAAAGGCAACCCAAUGCCUAAACUUCAAUCAGAUAUUGUUUCUAAUCCACAUUAAGAUGGCUAAGGUUCUUAGGAAGGUUCUUAAUAGACACAAAAAUAGAAAGGAUAGCAUUCUCAAAUAAAAAAACCAAAAAAAGAAAAUAUAAAUACUGGUCAUUGGUCAACUGAUGAACAUUCAACCUAUAUAUCCUUUUUAUAGUAAUAUGAAGAUAUAAUGACAUCCUCAAUGAUGAAGAAGACAUCAAAAAUAUUCAAAUAAAUGAGUGAACUAAUUGGUACUAGAACACCAAGUUAAUGUAGAAGUCAUCAUUAAAAAUUUAAUCCAUAUGCAUUAAGAGGAGAAAAUGGAAAACGUUUGCCUAGAGCUGAAAGAAGUAGAGCUGGAAGAAAAAAGAAGAAUCCAUAAACAGAUUUACCUAAAGCAGGUAAUAAUUAACAUAUUAUUAAUAAAGAAGAAGCAAAUAUCAUAGCCAAUUAUGAAACACAUGAUCCUUAUUAUUAAUAUAUGAUGUUGGAAUAACAGAAAUUUUAUUAUUCUAAUCUUUAAUAAGAAUUUUGGAAUCCUUAACAUGAAAUGGAACAUCAUCCAAAUAUUAAAAAAGAAGAAGAAAUUGAAUUCAUGAAUAAUCCUCAUAUUUAAUAACUACAAUAAGAAUAUGAAGAAUGUUUAAAAUAUAAUAUACCUUAUAUUUAAAGAAAUGGAAUUCAAUCAGAUUAUAAUUUCGAUGCUAGAAAUCAAGCUAUAAACGAUUUAUUAAUAUGA